AAGGAAGCGAGAGGAGGGGGGCGCUGAUCCACUCGGGUCCAGGGUGCCAGCGCGCGUGGGCUCCAGAAGGCUGCCCUGCUCUCCGCCCUCCUCCCAGCGCCGGAAGCCCUCCCGUCUCUAAAUGGAAUUAGUGGAGAUCGAAGCCCCUUGUGUAAGGAACAGACAUGAUCCAUGGGCGCAGCUUGUGUCACAUUGUAGCAAGUUUUAUCAUCCUACAUUGGGCUGGGGCAACAAAAAAAGGAGCAGAAAAGCAAACCACUUCAGAAGGACAAAAGACAGUGCAGUGUGGAACGUGGACAAAAUACCCAGAAGGAGGGAUCUUCACUUCUCCCAAUUACCCCAACAAAUAUCCUCCUGACAGAGAGUGUGUCUACAUUAUAGAAGCUGCCCCAAGACAAUGUAUUGAGUUACACUUCGAUGAAAAAUAUUCCAUAGAGCCUUCUUGGGAGUGCAAAUUUGAUCAUAUUGAAGUGCGGGAUGGACCGUUUGGCUUUUCUCCAAUAAUUGGACGUUUCUGCGGACAACAAAACCCACCUAAAAUUAAGUCCAGUGGCAGAUUUCUGUGGAUUAAAUUUUUUGCUGAUGGUGAACUCGAGUCUUUGGGAUUUUCUGCACAAUACAAUUUCACACCUGAUCCGGACUUCAAGGACCUUGGUGUUUUGAAACCAUUGCCAGUUUGUGAGUUUGAGAUGGGAGGAUCUGAAGGCAUUGUGGAAUCUCUGCAAAUUGGGAAAGAAGGAAAAGCUUCUGACUCUGAGGCAGUUGAUUGUAAAUGGUACAUCCGAGCACCACCACGAUCCAAGAUAUAUUUACGGUUCUUGGACUAUGAAAUGCAGAAUUCUAAUGAAUGCAAAAGGAAUUUUGUGGCUGUCUAUGAUGGAAGUAGCUCAGUGGAAGAUUUAAAAGCUAAGUUUUGCAGCACUGUUGCUAAUGAUGUGAUGCUGCGCACAGGUCUUGGAGUAAUCCGCAUGUGGGCAGAUGAAGGCAGUCGAAGCAGCCGAUUCCAGAUGCUCUUCACAUCUUUUCAAGAACCCCCGUGUGAAGCCAACACAUUCUUUUGCCAUAGUAAUAUGUGUAUUAAUAAUACGUUAGUCUGCAAUGGACUCCAGAACUGUGUAUAUCCAUGGGAUGAAAACCACUGCAAAGAAAAGAGAAAAGCCAGCAUAUUGGACCAGCUUACCAAUACGAGUGGGACAAUUAUUGGGGUGACCUCUUGUAUUGUGGUCCUCCUUAUCAUUAUCUCUGUUAUAGUACAGAUCAAACAGCCUCGUAAAAAAUUUGUCCAGCGGAAAGCAGACUUUGAUCAAACAGUAUUCCAGGAGGUGUUUGAGCCUCCUCACUAUGAGUUAUGCACUCUUAGGGGGACAGGGGCUACAGCGGACCUUGCAGACGUUGCAGAUGACUUUGAAAAUUAUCAUAAACUGCGUAGAUCAUCUUCAAAAUGCAUUCAUGACCACCACUGUGGAUCACAGUUAUCUAGCACUAAGGGCAGCCGUAGUAACCUCAGCACAAGAGAUACACCUAUCUUGACAGAAAUUCAACCGCAGCCUGUAAAGCCCCUCAUCCAGCCCAUGAACAGAAGAAAUAUCCUUGUCAUGAAGCAUAGCUACUCACAAGAUGCUGCAGAUGCGUGCGACAUAGAUGAAAUCGACGAGGUACCGACCACGAGUCACAGGCUAUCCAGGCAUGAUAAAGCUGUCCAGCGGUUCUGCCUCAUUGGGUCUCUAAACAAACAUGAAUCUGAGUACAACACAACUAGGGUGUAAAAGACAAACUGAAGACUGCUUGAAAAUAGUGCGAUCCUGGGUGAUUUUGAAUAUACUACAGUGAAUUGUGAAAAUGUCGGCCCUGGAGCUUCAAGCUAGAGAUGUUCUGGACUCUGACCAGCUAUUCCAAUUUCAUGAGAAAGAGAGAGAAAAUCAUCAGUCAGUAAUGAGUAAA